AAAUAACAUUUUGGAUUAAUUUUAUCUCAUGUUUGUAUCUUGAGAUUAUUUUAUUCCACUUGUUUUUAUGUUUAUAAUGUCUGUCCACAUGACAGAGUAUGUCGAGCAACCAAACCAAGUUGACACUAAAACAAAUGGCAAAAAUACCCACUGUAGAUUUGAGUCCAUUUUUGAGAGAAGGAUCUGAAGAUGAAAAGAGAAAAAUUGUAGAUACCAUUAGUGAAGCCUGUUGCAUGUAUGGAUUCUUCCAAAUUGUGAAUCAUGGGGUACCUCUUGAUCUCACCAGUCAAGCUCUGAAGGUGUCCAAGUCUUUCUUUGAAUCUCCAGCUGAAGCCAAACUCAAAUGUUGUCCACUGCCUAAUGCACCUGUUCCUGCAGGCUAUAACAAGAAGCCUAAUCCUUCUUAUGAGUUCAAUGAAUACCUUAUUAUGCUUCCACCUGCCUCUGAUUUUAACAUCUUCCCGGACAAUCCUCCUGAAUUUCGAGAGGUGAUGGAAGAGUUAUUCUCCCAAUUCUUGAAGAUAGGGAUGGUUGUUGAGAAAAUCCUAAGCGAGUGUCUGGGGCUUCCCCCCUGUGUUCUUAAAGAAUUCAACAAUGACAGAAGCUGGGAUUUCCUCAUUGCUAUAUCUUAUUUGCCGGCAACAGAGAAAGAAAGGAUAGGGGCAAAUCCGCAUAAAGAUGUCAGUUGCUUCACAAUUGUGUUACAAGAUGAAGUUGCAGGCCUGGAGGUUGAAAAGGACGGGGAAUGGAUCCUAAUAGCCCCACAACCAGGUGCACUUGUUGUCAAUAUUGGCGAUGUUCUUCAGGUCCUUACGAAUGAUAAAUUCAAGAGUCCACGCCAUAGAGUGCUGAGACCACAUGGAAGAUCAAGGAAUUCAUUUGCAUUCUUCCACAAUUUGUCAGGGGAUAAGUGGAUUCAACCACUGCCCCAGUUCACGAAACAGAUUGCAGAACCACCAAAAUACAGGCCAUUCUUGUAUAAAGAGUAUCUGCAGAAAAGAAGAGAAAGCAAGUCUAAGCACGUUACCAGGCUUGAAGAUGAGAUUACCAUAUCACAUUAUGCAAUCCCUGAAGAGUGAUGUUAGACAAAAUAAAAAGGUAAUGGAUUGUAACUUGUAAGACAUUAGCUCAUGAUCUCGCCGUUUUCAUAGUUUUCUGUUACUGACUGCUAUAACUUACAAUUUCCUUGUUUGCUUCUGGAGUUCUCAAAUUCAAUAGUAUUUCCCGUCGUGUAGUUUUCUUUCUGAUAGUCAGUGUUCAAGCUCUUCA